UGUGGGGAUAGAGAUGCGGGGGAAAAAUAGAAAGAAGGAAUGAAGAGAAACAGUUCAGUUUGGGAUGUGCCCCUGAGACUCACGCUCUUCAGUAAGAAGUUUAAUGAAGGAUUGAGAAGCACGUGUUCUGGUCCAGCUGCUGUGUUUGUUUGCGUUUUAAUGAUUCUCUCCGAAAUACUGAUGAAGUAUUUUCAGUAAUUUCUAUGAAAUUAUUAUCUUCAUUUUUAUGAUGAAUGAACAUUUAUAUCUAUGAUUUCUGGAAACUGUUUUGUGUCCUAAUAUAUAAGAAUCUUUGCUGUUUUGAGAAUUGCUAUUUGCCAAAGAUGUUGCAGAUUUUCUGAUGUCCUAUAAAAGAAGUGCUGUGUUUAAAGAAAACGAAACAAAAAUGGAUAUUUAUUAGGAAAGUUAUGAAUAUAAGGCAGCACUUUUUUCCUCUCCUUUUUCAAGAAGAUAAAGCUGAGUUUUCAUUUAAAAAGGAACACUAUCGCAUUUUAGAACAUUUCAGACCCUUGUUUAAAACAAAGGGGAGAAAUACUCUUAUACUUAAAUUACAAUAUUGAACACUAUGGAUUUUUUGUUUCUACCAGUUUUCAAAAAGGUGUCUCUUUGAAUUGCAACAAACUUCUACUUAAAUUUUGGGAGAUGAUAACCAGAUUUCACUGCUGAACGUCUAUGCUGAACCAUAGCAUAUGCAUUCAUUAAUCAGUACUUUAUACAAGUGCCUCGAAAUUAUACAAAACUAUAAAUUGCUUAUAAACUAUAUAAACUAUAAACUGGUUAUUUAUCUUUAGAGGAUGAUUAUACAAUGAGCAAAGAGAAUCAAAAUAUAUAGGAAUUUAAUAAGAAAUAUUUUAUAAAAUCAAACAAAAUAUUACAUAUUUAUCAACCAAUCAAUGAGCUUUCUUUGAGCGAAAAUCAAAAGAACACAAUAGUGAUAAAGGGAAAUUGAAUUAAUUACUUUGGAAAGUGUUAAAAAUGUUACAAUAGACUAUUAGUAUUAGAACUUGAGUUUACCUAGAGCUUAGUUAUGGAAACUUGCGUGUUGAUACCUGCAGAGUUUAGUCUUGUUUUGACAACGUCUCCAACCACAAAGAAGCCAUACACUGGAGCAUCAGUUUGGAGCAAUCAACGUAUUUCAAGAGGCUCAAGAUUUUUGCCUUUCCAAGGCACUGUUAGGUUGGACAAGCUAGAGAUCUAUUCGAACCUCGACGACAAUGAUGUGAGACACCGGUUUGGCUGCUACGAUGAAAUCCAAGAAGUAGAUUGCCGAAGAAUUCGACACUGUAACUGGAUUCGCUUCCUAAGAUGCUCAUCAACCCUCAGCAAUGAUGUCAAUCUGUUAGGUACCCUAGUCAAAGGGGAACCCGUUUUUGAAACCAUAAGAACCGUUCCGUCGAACACAGAACUUGUCGUUUAUCUGGAACUUGGGGAUGACCCAGACGAUUCAUCUCUAAGGUCACAAGUAACGUUGAUGGCUUGUCGAAGUCUCACAGCCGCGCAUUAUAGGCAUGCAAUGGGUCUCAUCUUGGAAGAUACUCCUCUGGAUUUAUCCCGGUCUCUUUUGACGUCACGAGUUCCAGUAAUGACUCUAGAUGUACCACAACCAACAAGGACGUUGAUGACGCCACCUUCUGAACCUGAAGAAAGGAGAUCUGUUUCCAGCGAUGGCUUGUCUCCCAGUGAUGAAUCAUUAAACUGUGAAAUCCGUCCAACUAUUGUAAAGAAAGGUCGAGAAAGGACAUUACUACCUUGUGAAGUUUGUGGCAAAGCUUUCGACAGACCAUCACUUUUGAGAAGGCAUAUGAGAACACACACAGGUGAGAAACCUCACGUUUGUGAUGUUUGUGGUAAAGGUUUUAGUACAUCUAGUUCUCUAAAUACUCACAGAAGGAUACAUUCCGGCGAAAAACCACAUCAGUGCCAUGUUUGUGGUAAAAGAUUCACGGCCAGCUCAAACCUCUACUACCACAGAAUGACGCACAGCAAGGAAAAGCCUCACAAAUGCAAUUUAUGUUCUAAAUCGUUUCCUACUCCUGGUGAUCUAAAGAGCCACAUGUAUGUCCAUAACGGUUCUUGGCCUUACAAGUGUCAUAUAUGCAACAGAGGGUUCAGCAAACAAACAAAUUUGAGGAACCACCUCUUCCUGCACACAGGUAAAAUGUCAAAUUUUUUUAUUAUGUUUCAUAAUAUUUCCUUGAAAUCCUGA